AUGAACUUCGCCAACCAAACGGUUUGGCUCAAGCUGAGCAGGGCUCACGAGAGCCAGCUGCUGCCGCUGAAGCGCAGGAGCCUCGACGUGCACAUCGAGAAGAUCGAAGAAGGCCACCGCUUGAAGAGACAGCAGAUCAAAAGUUGGACCGGUUGCUCAAAGAGCAACGAGCAGCUCGGGCCUCGUCACUACCUGCAGAAGAUGAUCUUGCUGUCCGGCGCUUGGCUAUGCACCCUACGGCUGAGGGAAAUGAAUCUCAAGGAAGAAGAAGAGAGGGAAGUUUGGCACCUCAACCUGGACAUCAUGGAGGGCAUCACGAUGCAUCAGCUGGCCAGCUGGCCGGGGCUGGAGGUUCUGAACUACCUCAAGGACCAGGUUCGGGACUACCUCAUCCACCAGGAGGCGGAUUCUUUGGUGGGCAAGGUUCUUUGGCUGGAACUCCACAUCAACCUGGAGCUCCACACGGUGAUCCAAGAAUGGGCACGCCUGCAAGCACAAGUGGUGGAGUUGAUGGUCGUGGAACUGCAACACAUCCUGGGCUACCACAUGGUGAUCCCUCAGGUGCAGGUGGACCUCCCGGGUCAGGACCAGAUCCUCCCCCAGGCCUUCAUGGUGGACAACCUCAUGGGGAGGCUCCUGGCCCUCGACGACUACGUGGCCGAGGAGAAGAUCGUUGGUGCCUUCCUGAUUUGGACGAUGAUGAGCAGCGGUGAAGGUUGUGAUGAUGGUCCACUACCCACCAAGCUGGCAGAUCGCAUUCGCACUUCAAAGUCUUGGGCCGCUUGGGCGCCGGGACUUGUGGCUGCAAUCAAGGAAUCGCUGCGGAGGUUGCUUGGCGUUUUGGAGGAGGAAAGUCGAAGUGGUGACACCCACAACAUGUCCAAAAUGGACCUUGCAGCCUGGCACCGACACAUCAAACAGGGGCACAUUCCCUUUCGUGCUGACUGCCGAAUCUGCGGUGAAGCGAUGGGCUGUGAUAAACCUCACAAAAGACUUGGGGGGAGUGCAACGAAGUUCACUAUGUCAGCGGAUCUAUGUGGACCCUUCCCUGCUGGUCGUGACCUCGGCACUGGAGUGACCUGUAAGUAUGCACUGAUCUCUACUGUGGCCGUGCCCAUCGUCUCAGAGCUUCCAGGCGAGGUUGCCGAGCCCUAUGACACUGCAGACGACGUCAAGCACACUGAGGACCUGCCUUGUGAUCCUGAAGAGCGAGAGAUGCUCUCGGAUGAUGAAGUUCAGCGGCUCAAUGAGUUGGCCCAGAUUGAAGAGGCCCAAGAAGCUCCUGGACACCAAAAUAUCACGUUUGCUGAGGUGAUCCCAGACAGAACUGUGGAGUCUUUGGUCCGUGCCCUUUCUCGACUACAUGCCAAGUACCGCAUGCUGGGCAUCCAAGUGUACCGCCUCCACACAGAUCGAGAACGAUCUUUUGCCUCAGUCCCAAUUCAAAAAUGGUGUGAACAACGUCAACUUCGAUUGACUCUGACUGCAGGCGAUGACUCGAAGGCCAACGGCCGCAUUGAGGGAGAAGUGAACCAGAUCAAGAGGUGCCAUCAAUCAAGCACCGCAUUGUGGGGAAACAUCCACCACCUCUACCUGACCAUCCUCUUGCUGGAGCCGUGGGCGCCUUGUAUGAUAAGUCGGACCCAGCUCUUGCUGCAUGCCGAGCUGGGGGGGGAGGAUCCUUUGCCCUUUUUGGACGAGUUUGGCUGCUCCUUGGCACUUCAAUGUGAGGAUGAAGGGGAGUCGGAGGAGGUUGUUGGAGGCUCCACGCCCAAGACUCAUGAUCAAGGUGAUCAAUGUCAACACCCUGACCUUCCGGGGGAGCUGGAAGAUCCUAUGUGCUGCUCACGACAACAGGCAGAGCAGUGGCAUGAACUUGAACAACAACGUCACUGGGCUUUGAAGCAGCUCUGGUGUCAAGGUCUUCGAGAAGUUGCAGUUGGUGAAGACGCUGGGAGCGUUCAUGGCAGCUGGCUUCGUGAAGUUGAAUUGCUGCUCCGAGGUGCUGAAGAUCAAUUGUCGUUUCAGCAUUCCUCCUUGCAGAACUACAAGAUGGCUUCUCUGGCUCCAAUGGCUGGUUCAACUGAGGUCCCAGUCACGGUGCUCCAGACCUACACGGUCUCACUACAGCAGGUCCGCAAGGAGUUGGAAAAUGGAAGCCUCCCUUGCGUGAUGAAUAUGGUCAACUGGUCUCAUCGACCCAGGGUGCUCGUCGAAGCUGGAAUAUGUCCUCCCACCGAACUUUGGGAGAUAUCCCACGCUGUCUACGGGUUGAACGAUGCCCCGGCAAAUUGGUCGCACUAUCGCGACAGAGAACUCCCUCAGCUGCGGUUCAAGGCUGAGGGUCACGAGUACCAAUUGGUCACCACGCCCGAGCCUAACCUCUGGAAGCUUGUCAAAGUCUGGCCUAACAGCAUCCCUGAGGACGACACGUCGGAGGGCUUCUUGGCAGUGUACGUUGAUGAUAUGCUGGUUGCUGCUCCAAGUCCACUGGCUCAGGCAGUGAUUGAUGGAAUCAGGGCUCGUUGGCGCUGUUCAGAACCGGAGUGGGCAUCGUCAGAAAAGUCCCUUAAGUUUUGCGGCUUCGAGAUCAAGUGCCGCCCAGGUGAGGUCAUCCUGAACCAGACCUCCUACACUCGAGAUCUCCUUGCACGCCACGAAGGUCCAGCCACCGUCCAUGUGCCGGACUCAGUGCUGGGCUCAGCGCGCAUGGCAGCAAGGCCGAUGGUUCCGACAGAGGAGCAGUGGGUGGGCUACAGUUUUUUCCGUGACAACCCACCUCAACCUCCGCUGCCUGAACAUGCCACCUUGGAUUCACAAACGAGCUCUUCAACCCCUGCUGGCCAGACGACGGGAAGCUCCUCGACACCGACGCCACCUGGACAGUCGCUUUCGACCUCGCAGGUCAGUGCGUCAUCGGGGCCUCUGCCGGUUCGACCAGAAGAUGAGCUGCUGAGAGGGAUCAGGAGGGUUCGAAGAGGCUCAACAGAUAGCUCCACAGGAACACCAACGAGCACCUUGUCCUCGACGAUGACGGCAUCGACUCGCGGCAUGGAUGCUAUGGAAGCACCUCUCACUCUCGGCUACCUUGGCCGAAUGAGGGGACAGGAGAAUCGAGGAGAGAGGCCUGCGCCACCCAACAUGCAGGUUCCUCUUGAGGAAGAGCGGUCGGAUUGGAUCCUCUCGCUCCAUUCCGAAGGUUUGCUGCUUGCCCGGCAUCCCAACUUGCCGGAUGAAGCGACGCCUCAAUGGUUGGGCAUUCAAAUGCCUGUGGCUCGGAGCUCGCGCCCUGCCGGCGCUGGACGACCAAGUGAGGCCUCCAGGCCCGCGGCUCGAAGUGAGGGCAACAGGCCCGCGGCCCGAAGUAGUUUGGGUCCCAUGCCCAUCAAUGAAGAGUGGGAUUCUGAUGGAAGCUAUGAGCUUCUGACGAACUAG